AUGCGCGCGCUCCUCCUCUUCGCAAUCGCACUCCCUGCGCUUGCUGUCGCCCAGCAGCAGCAGACAGCCUACGCGGCACCUGCGGCAGCAUGCCCAGCGGGGUACACGCCUGCUGUACGCACGGUCGAGGUACUGGAGUGCGUUGCAAAGGAUAGUAUCCGAUGCUGCGACUCUGGGAAUGCCGCGAGCUCAGACAGCGAUUCUCAAUCGAGUUCAGCCAACAAGGCUGGCAGCGCCCGGGAUGUUGAAGGAGCCAGUAACAGUACAGGAACAGGCAACGCCGGCGGAGACACAGGCUCGAACAUCGACGGCGGCUCGAGCGGCUCGACCUCCCAAAGCGACCCCACGGAUGCGGAGUACUGUCCCGAAGGCCCAGUACCGACAUUCACCGCAGGACGGAGCUACACCCUGCAACUCGCACCCGCGGGCAACCGCUGGGCCUUCAAGUUCGCGCGUGAAACGCGGGCGAGGACGGGCGUCCCUAGUGCAGCGCAGAGGCAGAACGUCGAAAGUGCAUGUAAGUUCCGGAUUGAGAGCGUGCCGAACAAGAAGUGCCGUUUUGUGAUGUACAGCUUGCAUGGUGCUCCGAGUCCUGCAUACCUGUCGUACAGCGGGGAUGCAGCGGGUGGGCGCUCUGUGAGCGCUUCGUGGGGUGCGGAUCGGCAGGGCGCUACGGAGGUGUAUAUCAUGCAGCUCGGAGGCGGGCAGUAUAGGGUAACCACCGGCCCUGCGUUUGAUGGCGAGUGGCCGCGUCUGGGUCUAGGAAGCGGAGAUGAUCUGAGGUUCUCGUCGGCCGAUAAAGAGACGGCAUGGAAGAUCGAGCCCACGACGUAG